AGAUCAUCUCCUUCUCAAACACACACCAAACCCAAAAUGGCUUUGAAGAUGAACUUUGUGUUGCAGAAAAGCGAUCAUUUCAUGCUUAAAAAAGAUAGACAAUCCAUUAAUGGCAUCAAGGUCGCAACUAUAUCAUGCAGAGCCAGAUCCAGCGAAUUGCCCACAAUUAACAAAAAGAAUCUGUACCAAGUUCUUUCAUUAGAGUCCCAAACUGUUGGUUUCCAUGAGCUCAAGAAGGCGUAUCGAGCCAAGGCUCGUCAAAUCCAUCCCGACGUUGUCCCAUCCUCCGUAAAGGAGGAAUGCACGAAGAAGUUCGUGGAGUUACGAGAAGCGUAUGAGAUUCUUUCGGAUCCAAAUUCUCGAAGAUUGUACGAUUUGAGCUUGGUUGAAUCGAAAUGCAACUCGAGAAUGGUGUGGGAAAUGCAACUCGAAGGGCUGAAACAACGAUCGGCCAAUCGGUCGGAGAGACGGAAUGAUAUAUUUGUGAAGGGUUUAUGAUUAACGAUACAAUUGUUUUAUUCGUUGUUAUGCAAAUCCUUUGAGCUCCAUUUGAGGUGUACGGUCUUUUGUUCAUUGGUGCGGGCCAUUUUUAUGAGCAUGAAGAAACCCAUUAAUUAAUAUUAAUUCCUAUUCUUUUUUGCAUUCAGAUUAUCGUUUCGUUAUUUCGUAUCCAUUUU